AUGCAUCUGGACUGGACGCUUAUGCUAGCGUCUAGAAUAAGAAAGGUCAAAUGCGACGAGAAGAAGCCAUGUUGCCAAAAAUGUAUCGACACUGGCCGCACUUGCGACGGCUACGAAUCUCCAUUCAGAGUAGUCACCAGUCGAUCCAUCAUCAACGGCGCUCGUGCUAGCGGCAUCCCAGGCGCUGCGUCAAGACCCGUCCGGCCCGCCUUGACCGAGAUAUCACCAGCAGACAUCGACCUCCUCAAUCGUUACUUCUCAACAAAGACCAUGUUCGACGUGAAGCUAGGCUGUGAUGAAGAAGCCAGGGAAGUCCUCGAAGCCAGCUUGACAGAUCCGACUGUUCGACAUGCGGUAUCAUCUCUCAGGUCUCUUCGGGAGCAUCUCGAGACCUCUGGGGACGUUUCCGCAUCUGCCGCCCAGCAGAGCCCGAGCUAUGGCUACGACUAUGGCGUUCAACAAUACUGUAUGGCCUUGGGGGGGCUGGCGUCUAACUUGUCGUCUCCGGGCUCCAACGCCUUGAAGUCGGCGCUGCUUUGCUGUCAGAUCUUCAUCAGUAUUGAGCAAGUGCGCGGAAACUAUGGCACCAUGGCCCAGCACAUCAUUCAAGGACUCGGCAUCAUGCACGAAUAUCGGGCACGGCCAACUCUCGAUGAUGCGAAUAACCUGGUGCCGGCACACCAUGCCCAGCUACCCUUGCUGGAUGCUUUUGUCAUCAAGCUGUUCGCUGCACCAUGCAAGUUCGCGGAGCCUUCAGCAACAGCCGAUAAGGAGGGCGGGAAGGCGGUUUCUAUGUGUGCCAUAUCGCGGCAUGAGCAGACCGUUGGAUCUCGCAAUCUUCGCACGAUUGUACCCGAUAUGCGGACGGAGCUUACCAGGAUCUCCACGUCGACGCUCGACUUUCUCGGCAAAGUGUCUAGUGUCGACUCAGCGGGAAACGCUCUUCGACUACUUCCCGAGAAAACAGCUCUAUUGGAGUCGUUAAAAUCCUGGCUCAUGGAUCUCGAGCUUGUUCAUGCGGAUAUCAAGUCUCCAGGAACUGAACCUCUUGCAGUGUCCUUUCUGCGUCUCUUCCACCAGAUACUGAAGAUAAUUCUCGUGGAAGCAUUGAACUCCUCUUCAAAUCUCCAAGCCGAGCUCCGGACCGAAAACGACCGACUGCAGGGCAUAGGCAGCAUUAUCGAUGAAAGAGUGCAGUCACAGCGCAAGAACAGCUCUGCAUUGGACUUGAUAGAUAAUCGCCUUAAAUGCCCUGCCUAG